AUGUCCCCGUCUCGCUUUACGAUGAGAAGCUUCGUGGGUGUGUGCUUUGGAGCGCUCUUGCUCGUAGCAAGGAGCGGUUUGGCUAUGCGCCACUACCACCGUUCGGCCGUGAUGUCACCUGAGGUGAUCGGCGACGUGUCUAAGACAUUGUUGGAAGCCAACGAGGUUGUUAAUGCUGACCUUGAGGCCACGCAGGUAAACAAAGACAUGAAGGAUCAGUUGGCUAAGGUGAAGGAGAGUAUUGUAGGUGAUGUAUGCAGAAAGGAUGCUGGAAGUGCCACCUGCGGCGAGCACGUGAUUGCGUAUGUUAACCGUUGCGAUGAGGGCGAUUGUCUGACGAUUGACAGCGUGGAUUACAAGCCAUUGAGUCUGCCAAAUCAAUACCAGUUGGACGCGGCAUUCAUGCUUUUCAGAGAAUGUGAUUCUAACCCCGCCAAGAAUGAAGUGAAGCGCUUCUGGAUGCGUUCAAGGAGCAGCCACGGCGACUACCACCAUUUCCUCAUUAGCUUGGCGAAGAAGAAUAUUAUUCGCAACCCUGAGAUCGAUGAUGUUGAGAACUUCGCAUCGCAGUACUUCUACAUGACUACUCUGUACUACAAGACCUACCUCAAUGUUGACCUUGGUAAAGCGAAGUUCUUCAACAAGCUUGCUUUCACGACUCAGCUGUUCGGUUUCGGUAUCAGGAAGGCGUUGAAGCGUCUGGUUAGAGAGAACCUUCCUGUGGACCUUGGAAUCCACCCUGAGGCUCGCAUUCGCCAGAUAUCUGGCGGCUACGGCGCAUACAUGUUGACCCAGGUUCCUGCGAUGACAUCCUUCGCCGACCGUUUCUCCAAGAUGGCUACUGAGACUCUUUUGAGGACCGUCAGCGAUUACGUUCACAUGCCUGCGUACAAGAAAUGGUACAACAAGUUCAAGGAGUUCAUAUUGGGUUUCUUUACCGACCCUGCUAAGUUGAUAAUGAAACACGUCUCGGAACCCGUGCGGGCUAUAUACGCAAAGGUUGUUCCCGAGGAUGCUAGGCAGGCUAUCAAGACUGCCGUAGGUCAAAGUGCCAAGCAGAUUGCGAGUAGCGUCCAUGGUCUGGCUAAGAAGAUUAAGGAGCCUAGCAAGGAACUGCUGCGUGAGAGGCUCCCUCAUUAUCUUUCGAAGGCUAAGGGUGCCGUUGAGCACCUUGUUAACAAAGUUAAGUCCGUCCCGGCGAUAAAGGAAAAGGGCGAGGAACCAUCGGAAGAAGCUGCAGCGGAAAACGUGCAGUCUAACGAUUCUGUGGAAGGUGACGGUGAGGUCGCUGAAGAGAAAUUGGUUGAGUCGGUUAAUGCAGAGGAGAAGAGUAAUGUGGAGGAGAUUGGUGAUGCCGAGAUGGCGGGCAAGGUCGAUGAGAGCCAGCAGAUCGCAGAAACUGAAGCCGACAUUGCUGAAGCGUAG